UGUGUGUGUGUGUAUGUGUGUCAUGUGACGAAUAGGGUUUUUAGACUGUGCUGAUUGGCCCAGCUCUACUCAGUCUGGCAGGACCUGCUACAGCAGCAUGUCGUCCAGUCAGCAGGACCAGAACAAGGAGCAGAAAGACAGGGAGAAUGAGGAGAUGAAGGAGGAGGUAAAAGAGGACACAAUUGAGGAGGUGAAAAAGGAGAAAAAAUAAGAAAUAAAUAAAGACAAGAAAGAGGAAAAAAAGAAGGAUGAGGAGGAGGAAUCCUGGAAGGAUUUUUUCUACAACCCGAGGAUAGGAGAGAUCCUGGACCGGACUGGCAGCAGCAGGGGUCAUUGGACUGAAACCAAAAGGAGACCCUUACAUCACCUGUACGGCAAAGGUAACACAGAUUAUAGAGAAAAUGUAGAGAGUUUCAUAUCUAAUGAAGAGAGUUUAAUAUCUAAUGUAGAAAGUGUAGAGAGUUUGAUGUCUAACAUCUCUUCUUUAUGUCAUCUCCAUACUCAAAUCUCUCUGGUAGAGAGACAACCCGUUACAGAUGCAAUACCUUUUUUCACGCUGACCUUGCUUGAGUGCAGACGCUUCACUCUUUUGCUCUCCGCUUUACUCUGCUUUACUGUUUUUUCUAUUAUUGUAAUCCUUUCCUUUUGCAAACAAUUUUUUGGAAAGCGGAUCCUGGAUACCUAUAUCACUGGGAGUUUAGUUACCGAAGACUGCCACUUUUAUUUUAAUCUGUUUUAUUUUGUGAGCGUGGCCUAUCAGCAGCACAAGCCUGCACUAUCGUGACUGGGACUAAGGAGCUCAGCUAACAAAAGCUAAUUAGCAGCAAGAUGCCUCCCUUUUCCACGGAUGAUUACCACAAACUGCUCCAGAAGAUAGCAGUACUGGAAACUAAAAUUCAUCGGCUCAAGUGAACGUGGAGGUAAAUGGACAAUAUGGGAAUGAAACCACUCUGCCACUGUCCCAAAAUAGUGAGAAAAACCAGGCUAACAGAAAGCUAAUUAACACCAUAGAGACGCAGCAGGAGCCAGGUGUAAAUGGCACUAAAUCAACAACUCCUUUCUGGAACUCUCUUGGUGCAAAGCCCAGGCAUCACAAAUUGCCUCCCUCAGAUAUGGGAAGACAGUUAACAGGCAGAACCCAGCACCCGGAGACUCAUGAUGACACUGAGUGGCCUGCACUGCCAUCAAACAGGAAUGCAUCUUCAACCCCGCUACCAAGGAGAAAACAACCAUGGACUGGAAGUACAACAAAAACAAAGAGCAAAUUGCCCCAAGACACAGGGAUUCUACUAAAGAACAGAUUUGCUCCACUUUCCCAAAAUCCUGACUCCCCAAAAGAAAGCUCGUCUUCCAUCGCAAGAGAAAGGUAUGAAGCUAAAUCAUAUGCUAAAAGGCCACAGAAAGAGCUAACGACUGGGCCUGAAACUCUGAUAGUGGGUGACGGAGCUAUGGGUGAGAUAAAACGCUUUUGCAGCAAGAAAAACACCAAAGUAUUCUGUUUUACCAAAGAUAUGGUGUCUGAUAUUUCAAAGAAGAUCCUGAAGAUUGCUACUGAUCAUCCAACAGUUAAAUCACUCAUCAUACACACAGGAGCCCUCGAUGUUGUGAAGCAACAGUCGGAGGUAUUAAAACGGGACUUUGUUGAUCUGAUGAAGAGAGUCCAAUGCCUAAAUACUGAGGUGUUUUUCAGUGGACCUCUACCAACAGUUCGGCGAGGAGAUGAGCGAUUCAGCAGGCUGAUGAUGCUAAACAGAUGGCUCAAAGAUACAUGUGCUACUCAAUCAAUAAACGUUAUUGACAAUUUCAACAUGUUUUGGGAACGCAGGCACCUCUUUAAGGCAGAUGGAUUUUGCCUUAACAAAUCAGGAGUACAGCUGCUAAGCUCCAACAUUUUUUAUUUUCUGCGUCAGACACCAGCAGCCACUGCCAAGGACCAAAGACAAGACAAUCCAAAACAACAGAUAAGGCGGCGCUCUGGUGAGGGCGCUGAGAUUAGGACUGAACAGGGAGGACAGCAGACCCAGAAAGAACCGGCAACAUCAUUAUUCUCACCCCAACAAGUGGAGUCUCCCCCAGCCCCAACAGGGGACACUCAACCUCCACCCCCCCAGACCCCACCCAGCCCCCAACUCUCUCCAUUCAGUCUGGACGACUCCCCACUUCUGGAUUUCACUGACAGGAUGAAGUCUUGUCAAUAUGGGAAUCCAAUUAACACCAUGCCAAAAUCCCCUAUUUUCUCCCCUUAAGCUACCACACCGUCCAGCGCCACCUAUUCCACCUCGGAAACAACCCUCGACUAAAAGUCUCCGAGCCCCCCCACCUCCUUUGAAUCAUCAUAUCUGUGAGUCUGACUGAUAUGUGCCGGGUCCAGGCUGCAAUACUGAU